AUGUUGAGUAUCGCAGAGGCUCUCAAGCCCGGUGAAGAGAUUAUCGAAGUGCAACAAUACGAUGCAUCUAAUUGGGCCUCGACAACUAAAGUAGACACCCGAAAAGCGGAUGGCUCACCAGGCGCUUACUUUCUCAAGGCUACAGAUGCAGCCGAGCGCGUUCUGGGCGAGUAUAUGGCAAUGCUCGAGAUCCACAAUACAUUACCAGACUUCGCACCAAAGCCGCGAGGAUAUGGAAAAUACGAUGACGAGGGAGCUUAUUUUUUCCUAUGCGAUUAUCUAGAGAUCAAUCAUGAACCUCCUGACCAUAAGCGGCUAGGAAAGAAGCUUGCCGAAUUACACCAAAAGAGUAAUUCGCCGACUGGCAAAUUUGGGUUCUACGUUACGACAUUCGAUGGCAAACUGCCUUUAAAUACUGCGUGGGAAAGCAACUGGACUUCAUUCUUCAAGAAGCUUAUGCUUGGUGUCUAUAAAUUGGAUGUCGAAAUCAAUGGAUUUUGGAAAGAAUUAGACGACGUGAUGAAAAUAACCAUUGAAAGGCUGAUCCCUCGGCUGCUCGACCCCCUGACUGCUGACGGACGCUCGAUCAAGCCAUGCCUCAUUCACGGUGAUCUCUGGGAGUCAAAUAUUGGCACUGACGCCCACACGGGGGAGCUUUAUAUCUUCGAUGCAUGCUCGUACUAUGCACACCAUGAGAAGGAAAUCGGUAUUUGGCGCUGUAAGCAUCACCAAAUGCGGGCAGAAGAGUAUCAAAAAGAGUAUUUCAAGAAUCAUGAGCGAAGCGAGCCUGUUGAGGAGUUCGACGACCGUAACCGACUGUAUUCGGUGGAGACACUUAUCAUCAACUCGGCUCAUUUCCCUGGCGCAGACACAAGAGGGCUAGCAGUUGAAGAACUGAAAUACCUCAUAGAGAAGCAUAUUGUAGGAUGA